GAUGGAAGCAGCUCCUCAGAUUUAUGAGUGCAGCACUGUGUUCUCCCUCACCAGGGAAUAUACUCCCCCCAGUGGCAGGCUGCAGAAGCGCAGGGGAACCUCAUCUACAUUCAUGGAAACACACUUGGAACACUCCCACACACUCCCAUUCACGCAAAACUACUUGUUUCCCUCGCAGCUUGUUUUCUGCAGCUUCGUCUCCGUCCUCCCCCUCCACCUCCAUGUUGUCUGUCCUCUGCAGAGCAGCCUCUCCACCUGUCCCUCUGAUCGACUCCCUCCUGGUCAGCGGUUGAAGGUUUCACUCCUGCCAUGCAGCACGGCUGCGGGAGCAGAGGAACUGAGGGGUAAUUGAAAUUCAGCUCAGGUCUGUGUGUGUGGCCAUCUUGUGUACGAGGAGCUCCACGAUCCAUCCCUCCCCUUCCCCCACCCGUCAGCGAGCGUUAUUAACCUGUAAAUAAUUAACCUCAGUAUCAUCUCUCCAACCGCCGCGGCAUCACAAGGUCGUGACGGGUACGAGUCAGAACCGAGUUCCUCCCCCAGAAGUCGAUCGAUAAACUUUGCUUCCAUCAUCCGCGUGGGCAGUGGUUUCCUUCUCCUCCUCUCCUGCCAAACCUGAGGCCCGGGUGCCAAAUCUGGCCCCGUCAUUCCUGCCGCUCCCAACAGGCGGCGCCACAGUGGACACCAGACUCAAGCCUGGUGUACCCAACAGGUCCAUCACAGUGAGCCCUGUGCUUCCACAGGCGCGUGAGAGGGGGCGCCACACAGCUAGAGCUCGGCUGGAAACCGCAGGCUGGUGUGUCCCAGCUAGCCGGGCCUUCAUGCUGCACACACCAUCAGGCUUCAUAGCAGAGUCAGCCCUGUUUAAUCAUUUACUGCUAUUGUUCGCGGCCGCAGGGUUUUAUUACCACACACUCACACACACUUCCUGGAGCCGCAGCCCUCAGAGCCACCUGCUCUCUCUGACGCCCGACCUGACACCAUGAGCUCGGACCAGCUCCACCGCUCCACGCUAGGGAUCUACUCGAACCUGAUGGAGGAGUUCAACCCCAGCCUGCAGAAGCUGGUCUCCCUGGGCAACAGCUACGUCCGAGCCUUUCACGCUCUGGCAUCCAGCAGCGAGGCCUACUUCAGCGCCCUCUCCAGGAUCGGCGAGCAAGCGCUGCGCUCCGUCUCCUCACAGCCCAUGGGAGACGUCCUGGUCCAGAUCUCCAACAGCCAGAGGAGCCUCACCACCCAGCUGGAGAGUGUGUUUCACUGGUUCACUGUGGACGUCCUGCAGGAGAUGGACAACAACGUGAGACAGGACAGAGGCUUCAUCUCGUCCAGCAGGAGACAGUACGAGACGGAGGUCCGAGAACAAGCGGAAGCUCAGGAGCGGGAGCGGAGGAGAGGAGCCGUGACGGUGGCUGUCCAUCAUCCUCAGGAGGCCGGCGAGUAUGUGACGUUCCUCAGGGAGAGCCACAGUGAUGCUCUGAGGGAGGAGGAAAGGAGGUACCGCUUCGUGGCGGAGAAACACUGCGGCCUCAUCCACACCAUCACCAGCCUCAUGGACAAGACUGGAGCUUCACUGCAGCAGAGAGCUGCUGCCUGGAGAGAGGAUCUGGAGGCCACCAGAGGAGCUGCGAAAGGCAGGACCUCCAGAGGCACUGGCCACGGGCAGAAGGUCACGACCCGGGAGGAGGCGUUCAGGUCCAUGUCAAGCCAGCCGCCACCAGAAGAGGCGGAGCCUCUCAGCCAAGUGCCGUCCAGAGCCCCGUCUCCGCAGGGCAGCAUCUCUGGCGUCACCGUGGGGACGGUGAGGGCCAGAGGGCGGAGGGUGAGGGCCCGGGUGGACCACCAGCCUGCUGGAUCCAACCCCACCCUGCUGUCCUUCAGCAGAGGAGACUCCGUCACCGCACUGGUCCAGCAACCCAGGAACGGCUGGCUCUACGGCUCUGUGAGCAACGGGUCACGGAGAGGGUGGUUCCCGGCCUCGUACGUGGAGGAAGUGGACGCUGGCCUGCAGGCGGACCAGUGCAGGGCUUCCUCCCUCCAGGGCAGCGGUGGGGGGCUACUGAUGGACCGACCCAGGAGCGAGAGUCAGCCCCCGCCACCGCCGCCCCCCCCUCCACCCUCCAGACCAGUCAAAGCGGACAGAAGGACGGAGUCUAAUCUUGAGAGCAAGAAGGAGCAGCCGCAGAGGUCGCACCCGGAGCUCUUCCCCAGAGGCACCAAUCCCUUCGCCACAGUGAAGCUGAGGCCGACGCCCACUGACGACUGGUCAGCGGCACGCUAAAUCCCCACCACGUUGUGACCCAGGAGCACACGCUCAUCAAAGCUGACACCUCUUUCCCCGUCCUGGACCCAUGAAUAUGUAUGAGCCACAGCCAAGGUGGUGUAAUGUUUGGCUCCACUUGCACCUCAGUGAUCCAGUGGUGCUGGCUCAGUCACCUGAAAACCCGGUGCUGUUGCGUCCUGUAGCUCGUUGGGUCGCUGCGUGUGCCUUCAGAGCAGCGUCCCGGGUCGCUGCCUCCCUGUGGAGCUGGGACUGGCACCUCAGUCUUUUCAUCCAGGAGAAGGAAACGUGCUGUGUUGUUCACCAUCACUGCUUUAGCGUCGUGGGUGUGGACUCAACAACAACAGCAAAC